AAAAAUGGAACGCUGGCGUGGAAAAGUAGCUGUUGUCACUGGUGCCAGUGCUGGCAUAGGCUGGGCCAUUUGCAAGGAGCUUUUAAAAGCAGAUAUGAUUGUUAUUGGUCUCGCUCGCCGCCUUAAGGUCAUGGAAGAACUUAAGUCGCAAUUACCUACAAAUCAAAAGGAUCGUUUCUUUCCCCGCGAAUGUGAUUUAACAUCAUUGCCAUCGUUGCGUACCGCGUUCCAUUGGCUGGAGCAAAGGUUCGCACAAAGAAUGCAUGUCCUUGUAAAUAAUGCAGGCAUGUGUGAAUUUUCGAAACUCUUAGAUGCCGGUAAUGAUGAGGCCAUUAAACGGGUCAUUGAUGUAAAUUUAAUGGGAGCUGUUUAUUGUACAAAGGAGGCAUAUCGUCUAAUGAAAAAGGCCAUGGAAUUUGGUGAAGAGUGUCAUGUGAUACAAGUUAAUAGCCUAUUGGGUCAUGUUGUACCCCCACACAUACCCGGAUGUGGUUUUAAUUUAUAUCCCGUGGCCAAGCAUGCUUUAAGGGCAACAAAUGAAAUUUUACGUCGGGAAAUGGCUGAUGAUAAGCUAUUACGUCUGUCGACAAUCAGUCCUGGUUUAACAGAAACUGAUUUCGGCAAAAAAGAACCAUUGUCAGAGAAUGUGGAUAGUUUUCCUGAUUUUGAACAACCUUUAAAACCGGAAGAUGUUGCUAAUGGCGUAGCAUUUAUUUUGGGUUCACCCCUUCAUGUGACCAUAGCAGAGCUUCUGAUGGUACCCACAAGUGAAAAGUAUUAA